GGCUGUUAAUACUCAGUGCAUCGAGGGGUGCGAUGCAUGCGUAAACUAGCGCAAACCUCGCCUUGAAACGCCCCUUACUCCGCACGGAGACCGCUGCCGGCCGCUCACAGCCUGUCAGUGCUACACCGGACUUGCAUGGCUACCCAGACUCCUUACUCCAUCCAAACCGUACGUCACGCCCACGGACGUUAGUUUCUUCUCCGCGAAGGACAGAGCAGCGGAAGAAUGUAGUGUGAGUCGUCAGGUUAGCACUGGACACCGCCGACUCAACUUCUAGCAGGUCUUCGCUCCAAGGAUGUAUACCUGAUACGGAUAUUCCUGCCUUAACAAGGCUAUUAACGAUCGAAAUCGGGGCACGGAUAAUCUGGACUCAACAGAUUAAUUUACAAUCACUGCCACUAUAUGGAAUGACCGUUGCGUUCUACAGAAAACAUUGAGAAACAGGGCUCUUCGGUCUGGGUCGGCUCAUUUGACGCUAAAACGUAAAAAUGUCAAAUUUGGAUAUUGCACACAUAGAUGCUACUCAUUUAUGUGAUCAUAUCUGAGGGAACUAAUUGCAACGCAACUGCCCUCCGCGGUGCAAGUGAGUGUUCUUUGGACACCAAGUCCAGAAAUCUUGGCUGGUUGUGGUGCUUCUUCACUCUGCUACUGGGGAAUCGAUGCAUUUACUGCUCAAAUCUACUCGGGCUAUUUACCUCGUUGCAUAGCCUACUGGAGAUUGACAGAUAACGGAGAGGCAACAUCGGUCUCUGGAAUAGAGGUCAAUGAACAUCCUCCAUAAGGGACCCAGUUGUUUCCUUUAGUUCCCGACACCCAGAUGCUGCUUAGGAAGUCACCCUUACCCCCUGCUCAGCCGCACCCUGACCACAUGUACCUGCCCAUGUCUGCCCUUCUCUGCUAGGCCAACACAGCCCACACAGUCUUCAUGAGGAUCACUACCCUGCCAGACCAUACCAGAUAGAGUUUCCCAGAACGCCGGAGGGAGGAUGGACCGGCUGAUCUUCUCCCUGUUGGUGCUGGCCGUCUCCACCAGGGGGCAGCUGUGCCCCAAGCGCUGCAUGUGCCAGAACGUGUCCCCCUCGCUGGCCAUCCUCUGUGCUAAGACGGGCCUACUCUUCGUGCCCACCGUCAUCGACCGGCGCACCGUAGAGCUGCGGCUCACUGAGAACUAUAUCACAGCCAUAAGGAGGCGGGACUUUGCCAACAUGACUAGUUUGAUCCAUCUGACGUUGUCCCGCAACACCAUAAGCCAGAUCAUGCCUUACACCUUCGAGGACCUCAAGCGGCUGCGGGCGCUGCACCUGGACAGCAACCGGCUGAGUGUUAUCAGGGAUGACCACUUUCGGGGGCUCACCAACCUUAGGCACCUGAUCUUGGCCAACAACCAGCUGCACAAUAUCUCUCCCCACGCCUUUGACGACUUCACAGGAACCCUGGAAGACCUGGACCUGUCCUACAACAACCUGGUGGACAUUCCCUGGGAGACGAUAGGUCGUCUAACCAACGUCAACACCCUUAACAUGGACCAUAACCUUAUAGAGCAUGUACCCCAAGGGAUCUUCACCAACCUGCACAAGCUGGCGCGUCUAGACAUGACGUCCAAUAAGCUUAAGAAGAUCCCACCAGAUCCACUUUUUCUGCGCAUCCCUGUCUACGCUAAAGCCAAAGGAUCUCCUCAGUCGUCAUUGGUGAUGAGUUUUGGCGGAAACCCGCUCCACUGUAACUGUGAGCUGCUGUGGCUAAGGAGGCUGACCAGAGAAGACGACCUGGAGACAUGCGCCUCUCCUCCAGACCUCACAGCCAAGUACUUCUGGACUAUCCCCGAGGAGGAGUUCAUCUGUGACCCUCCGGUCAUGACCAGGAAGUCUGCCAAGACCUUCACCAUAGAGGGCCAGCCCACCAGUCUGAAGUGCAAGGCUAACGGAGACCCGGACCCAGAGAUUCACUGGAUUUCCCCCGAGGGCCGUCUGAUCUCCAACACAUCACGGACUGUCACCUUCAGCAACGGCAGCCUGGACAUCAACAUCACCUCCCUGAAGGACUCUGGAACCUUCACCUGCAUUGCCUCCAACGCGGCGGGUGAGUCCACGGGCCAGGUGGAGCUGGUGGUCAACACCCUCCACCACCUGGUCAACCGCACCAACCAGCUAUGGGAGCCCGACCCUGGCCCUUCAGACAUCCUUACCUCGGCCAAGUCCACCAUGGCCACAGGCAACGACACACGGAAGAACCAGGAGGGGAGGGUGCUGAUUGCGGAGCUGACAGCUAGCUCAGUGCUGAUCAAAUGGCCAUAUCAGAACUACGUCCCUGGGAUCAGGAUGUACCAGGUCCAGUACAACAGUUCCCUGGAUGACACGCUCAUCUACAGGAUGAUCCCGUCCACCAGUCAGGACUUCCUGGUUCGUGACCUGGUGUCAGGGCGUGAAUACGACCUGUGUGUCCUGGCGGUGUACGACGACGGCAUCACCUCGUUGACAGCCACGCGGCAGGUGGGCUGUGUCCAGUUCAUCACGGAGACCGAGUACAGCCAGUGCCAGGCCCUCCACAGCCAGUUCCUGGGCGGCACCAUGAUCAUCAUUAUUGGUGGCAUCAUCGUGGCCUCCGUGCUUGUCUUCAUCAUCAUCCUCAUGAUCCGCUACAAGGUCUACAGCCACCAGGGCAUGGACACAGGCAAGGUGGGCACCCUGGCCAACAUCCGUGCCCAGACCAACGGAGGACAGGCUGGGGGGCAGGUGUCCCACUCUGGGUCUAAAGUUACAGAGAGCCAGGAGGAGCAGCAGGCUCAUGCCUUUGCUGGGGUGGGAGUGGGACCAGGGACAGGGGGAGGAGGGGGUGUAAGUGGAGCGUCAUCGCCUAAUGCCACCCAAAAGGACUCUAACACCAUGGCGCUGGUGAUUGACUGUGAGAAGGCGGUGCAGAUAUCAGACCUGCUGUCGCCCAGUAAGAGACGUCACUCCAAGACUGCCAUUGAGAUGAAGAGGAGAGCCUCGCUCACACCCAAAGAGGCCACCACCGUGAAUGUGGGGGGAAACACGCCGGCGCCCACGGCCGGCGCCGACGACAAGAGGGCUCACCGAGACUGGAGCGACUUGAAAAUUUGACGACUCCUUCUGCUUUUCGGUGAGAAGCAGACAUCAACCUCCAAGAGUAAUGGUGCCCUUCUUUCCCUGUUCCUCUCCAUUCAUCUACUUGAGAGAAGAAGAUAAGAGAGAGGGGGGCUUUAGUGUAAGAUAGAUGAAUAGAUACAAACUGAGAAGAAUAUUCUAUGGUUCCAGGAAUCAAGGAGAUUGGAUUAUAAAUCAGGAACAUUUUUAGGACUCCUGUCAGACUUCCUCCUUGCGUCCCCCGGAGUUCACACUGUAUCCAUGAACCCCCCAUGAAAACACACCUAGAUGGAUUUAAUAAGGACUCAAUUCACCAUCAUAAUCUAUGGGAGUGGAGCUAGACGGGCCAAUGGCCUUGCCAGUGACUUUUGAAACAUAUUGCCUUGUAUCCCUCUGUAGCUCCGACUGUCUAUGUAUCCGCUGUCAUUACCACAGAACUACUACUGUUCCUGGUCCUGUACUUGGACCAGGACUGGCCAAUACCUGGACCUGUUCAUGCACCUGGAUCUAUUCCUGGACCUGCUCAUACUGUACCUUACUUUACCUGACUGUAUUCAGACUCAGGAUGGAAACCCAGCCAAAGGUAUGUGCCGUGUUUCCUCCAUCCAGACUCUGAGGACACAAGGAUAUAUGGGAUGAAGAACUCCAACUAACAGGGAUGAAGCAAACUGAACCGCAUGUCUGUGCAUCACCACCACAUCUUCGUCACCAUGGUCUUCAUCACCCUGUUUUUUUUUCACCUUUGAGCCAAACCCAGUGAGAACUUAAUCAAACAGACAGACUCAGACAAAACGCUCAGAGCUGGGGACUCACCUUCUUCUGUGUUAUCCGUCACUUUUUAUUUGGCUUUAUCUUUUGUAUCUGUACAUAACGCAAUUCCAAAUCUUAUAGUUUUGUACAUGUAAUUUUUAUGGUGUGUGACAUUUUUCUAAUAAAAUAAAAAAGUGGAUUCAUUCCC